CGCGCCUUGUGGCAAUCCAUGGAGGCACCUUUUGCCGCCGCCGUGGGAAUGGACUUCGGUCCUGGCCGCGCCUUCUGUGCGGCCCUGGAGCAUCACUGGCUGCGGGCAAUGCAGGGUUCCGGCGGGACCGACCAGCCCCCGGUGGACGCCGCUUGGCAGUGCCUGAUGCGCGCUCAGGGACCGUGCACGAGCAGCAGCAGCAGCAAAGAUCUGCUGCAUGGCUAUAGCCUUGUCUCCAUCUCAGAGCUUCAGUCCCAGCAACGGAUGCCUUGCUGUAGUCAUUUGACCUGGAGCUCUGAUGAAUUCAACCGGUGGGUUCGCCAGGGUGAAAGGGUGCUGCCCGAGCAGAGAAUUUUGCAGCGAACUCACCUGAUCCUCUUUGGCUACUUGACAGACGAAGGCGUAUCGGGCAAAGACAAGUUGGUGGAUGGCAGUCUGUAUCUACGGGACAACACGGGCAUGUUGCCCUGUGUGGUUCUGCAUUUUAAACUUGAGUGGCUGGGACUUCCGUUGCUGUUCCCUGGUUGGGUAUACAUCCCCCAAAGUGGCCAAAACACAGGUGGUGGAUAUGUGGAGAUUCUAGGAGACCCAGUCCAUGUGACGUCUGCUCCAACGAAAACAAUUGAUAGUGUCCCUGUCUUUUACCCAGGACUAGCUGCACAGCUGCUCGGAGCCAGGCCCCAGUGUAAAAAGAAGGCAACGUUGAAUGUAGCAGGCGAACUCUUCAGGCUGAGCAGAAUUCUCUGUAUCCACCAGAAGACUUUCUUCUUUCUCUUCCUGAAGGCCUCUUGUUCAGCUGCCUGUGUGCCAGUACUUGUGCAGAACCCUCCUCAGUUGGUAUGGCAUCAUGCCCUGCAGCUGGGAUGUUGGUACAUCCUGACUAAUCUGAAGGUAGCCUGCCUCAAAACCUCUGGGCUGAAAGUAUUCCUUACCUGCUCUUCCUCAGACCUUCUUCCGUAUUGUGCAGAACAUGUGAGGGAGCAAUUCUUGGAUGCUGCUUCUAAGGGAAGUGUGUUAGUAUCUGCUUCCCCCACAACUUGUGUGCCACCUGGUAAUUUAUUGGAGUUGGAGGAGGACGAGAAGAUGCUGGUUCCAGUUAGGGAGUCCAAGAUGAUUUCCUGUACAGGCACUAUCACGCAAGUGCUAAAUGCCCAAGCUGGCCUCUUUGAACUGGACAACAAGUACACUCUUUGCCUUGCUUAUCAGCCCUUGUUGAAUUCAGGCCGUGGGCUCCGAUCAGGGGCCUGUGUAGAGCUCCGAGAUGUGCACCUUUUGCAAGACCCGCUGACUGCUUCCUUACCAGUUUUGGGAGCCUGUUUGCGCAGCACUGUUGUGCUAAAGAGCUUUUCAAGAUACAGUACAUUACAUCAACCUGUUACCUCCUUUGGAAAUCUUUACAUUCAGCUGCUCCUGCAAUAUAAUUUAAGCCUGUCACUCUAUCUGCAGGUGGUUCACUUGCUAGAGACCUUUGAGCAGAGGUUCUGUUACUUCAUUCAACGCUACCAUGCUGUGGGUGCAGCAGAGAUGUUUAUGGUUCCCCUUCUGAAUUCUUUAGUGCUAUCCAAAGGACAAGAAAGAAACAUCCAUCAGGAAAUCCUGGCAGAAACCCACCACUGUCCCAUAGAGCAGGCUCAGAUGUCGGAGAUGCCAUGCCAGAUUCCACCUUUCUCCCUGCUGCACUCUAUGCUCGACAAGAAAUGCUGGGAAACCUUCAAUCCGAGGCAGCAAUUGAGCUCAGCAGCAGAGACCCAGAGCAUGUGCGCCCAGGAACUAAAUCGUGGGUUGGCCUGGUCCUACAGCACUUUAUCAGCAGAGAGCUUUGAGCCUCGGAUGGUAUUGUUGGGGGCGCUCGAGUGUUCCAGAAGAGGCUGCCUCCAGUUACGGGACAGAACUAAAGCACUUCCCUGUGUGAUAUUCCACAGAGAUGGCAGACCAUUUGCUGAUACAUCUCUGAUAGGAUGCCUUCUGCAGAUAGAGACAUUUCAGCUGGUCAUGGAGCGAUUCCUUCAAAGUGACUUCCCUUCCUGGCAGGAGCUGGAGUCCCACGAGUAUAUAAAGGAAAAGAAAACAAGGUUCUAUGUCCAGUUCUGUUUUGAGGACAUGAAGAUACUCCAUGCUCCUGAAAAUAGAGUGCCAGGGCAUCUCAAAGCCGCGGAGAGCACCUCUUCUGGGGUAAAGGAUGAUGACAUGUCAGAAGCUGAGCCCAGAGCCCCAGAAAGGAACAUUUCGGACAAGGGAAGGGCCAUCCCAGAUAUCGGCACACUAGAACGUGCCAAGAGCGAAGUUCAGAAAGCCAGUUCUGUCUCCCGUCUGUUUUUAGUGACCCAAAAGGAAGGGCUUCUGGAGCGCAACUAUCAGGAACAUUCAGAAGACAAGCGUGCUGCUCGGGAAGCCCAUCUUUGCUUUCAGGCCACCGUGCAGUGGAUGAGCCAACCUAAGCUGGGUGGGGAGCUUGGAGACCCUGGAGGCCAACAGGAAUUGGGUCAGGAAGAGGCCAGUGAAGGCCAGCAGAAGGUAUUGCUUGUGUUCCGGAAGAAAUUGCUCCAUUGGUUCUCAUUUCUGCACCCUGAUCAUGUGUACCAGCUCAUCCUCCCUGAGUGCUCGGAUCUGGAUGUGUUUGACAAACUUUGUGUCCCGCUGGCCCCUGGGAGACUCUUGAAUUUGCUGAGCUGUUCCUUCUUUUUGUUUGUCCCAGAUAAUGCUUACCUGCACCACGUGAGCCAGGUUUCUCAGCUGGUUUCACCAGUGUCGAAGAUGAAACAAAAAGAGUUUUCGAUUGCAGAGAUACUCAGUCCUAGCUUUACAGAAUCCCUGGCCUCUUUCUCUGGAGAGGUCAUGGAGAGGAGUUUGUGUGAAUCGCCUUUGUGGAAGAAAUCGGCCACAGAUUGCUCUCUGAAGAAGAAAGGGAACCUCUCACCCUGGUGCUACACUGUGAAGCUGAGUGUUUCACCUACAGCUGGUUCCCCAGCUCUGUUGGAUGUGUACGUCGGACCUGCCUUCCUGCCGGAUCUUUGGGGGAUGCUACCAGGAGCCAGGAUUCUUUUCCAGAACCAAGAGCGCAAAAUCUCCAGGUCCGGCAAGGUCUACUGUAAUUACGUUGCCUCUAGCUACAUAUGCGUCCUGGCUCCUCCACCCAAAGACUCUUCUUCCGAUCAGCCGAGUUCCACCUCCAUCCUCUCAGGAGUAUAUUUGUUCAAUAUAGCCCUCCAGCCUCCUGGCCUGUGCCAAAUACAGGUCAAGUGCCAUGUGAAAUGUGUCCUGUCUUUGUCCUUGCACGCAAUCUGUUCCCUCUGCAGCAGCUCAUUCACCCAGGGGAGAUGCAACCAAAACAACGCACCUUGCUUGUCCCGUACAGCGGUGAUUAAGGCAAGUGCCAGGAUCCUCAUAGAAGAUGGAACAAGUGAGUUUGUGGUGCUGUGCAGGAACCAACAGGUGCAGCAGGUCCUGGGGCUGAGCCCCAAAGAAUGGAACGAUCUACAGAUCCAUGUUCGGACCAAGGACAGGGUCUGCAUUUACAACAGCGCUAGCUCCGGGCCUGGGGGAACCGAAGAGCAUGAAGAUGUAUUAACGUGGUACCUGAGAAGCUUGUGCAGAAGUCCAGUUGUCUGCCGGACUAUUCUGUUGACCUGCCAACUGGACAGAAAACCCUCAGAGGUUCGAGGGACAGAAUCUCUGAGGCGAUUUCUCUCCAAUGAAGUGGAGUUCCUAAGUCAGACGAGGCCUCGACAGGUCUUGAUAUGUCUAAACAUCCAGGAGGCAACCUAACCAACAAGACAGGGCAUCGAAAUCAUGACUUGUGUGUUGGAUAUUUUGGCCCGCAUAUGGAAAGGAGGACGUUUCUGAGUUUUGUACCCAUCUCAGCAUUUGAAGGAGACUUUAUAUUAUUUAAGUUUUUCUCAUGUAUAAUGUAGUAUCUGGAAAAUUAUAUAAAUGUAUUAUAUUAAUAUAUAUUUCUGAUACAA